GCCAUGUUGAUUUCGUAUAAUACGCGUAUUAUACGAAAUGCGUAUAAUAUUCCGAAAAACCAAAAAAGCCCAACAGUGCUUAAAACUCCAUGCCACUCCAUGCUCAAACAUGCACAAGUUUUUCAAAAAUUAAUCAAAAAUAAUAGUUUGUUGCAUUUAUGCAUACAUGUAGAUAGUAAUUUGGGCGAUGGAGGAGUCUCAUAUUAUUGAGCAUUUUUUUGGUGUUUAUUUAUUGUAUUGCGAAAAUCCAAAAUACGCAGGAAGAAAUUACAUUGGAUACACUGUCAAUCCAGUGCAAAGAUUAAAAAGACACAAUGCAGGGAAACAAUUCGGUGGUGCUUGGAAAACUAGUAACAAGGGACCAUGGAAAAUGGUGCUAGUUGUUCAUGGAUUUCCGAAUGCGACAAGUGCUCUACGUUUCGAAUGGGCCUGGCAACAUCCUCAAAUGAGCCGUCGUCUUCGUACAUUACCAAAAAAAAAAAGCAAACAAAAAACAUUUGCUUAUUCAAUAUUUGUAUUAUCUGCAAUGCUUCAAGUUGGACCAUGGUGCCGUCUUCCACUGUCACUACGUUGGCUUGAUCCUAAAUUUUUCACAGAAUUGUUAUCAACAAUAUCACCACCAAUUCACAUGCCCAUAAGCUACGGUGAAAUCCAAUCUCAAAAAUUGAAUAACUACAAAAAUUUGAAGAACAACAAAAGUGAUAACCAAAAUUUAGAAUUUCAGCAGCAGGAAACAUCCGAUAUUUUUAUGUGUUAUAUUUGCUACCUUUCAUUAUCGCCUGCUGACAAAGUUGAUUGUUUAAAGUCUGAUUGUGAUUUUGUGGCUCAUUUAAUUUGCUUUGCUGAUGAACAUGAGACCGAUAAUAUGAUUCUCCCAAUUGAACGAUCUUGUCCUUCUUGUAAAACCAACUUACUUUGGGGAAAUAUUAUUAGAAAAAAAAUUGGAUGUUACCUGCAUCUAGAUGAAAAAAAUAUUUAUUCUAGUAACGAUUCUGAGUAAAUCAUUACUUUUUAUAUGCCGUACAUUAGCAUAUUUUCUAGUUGAAUUAUGAAGAGAUGGUAAUAUAUCAAGAAUGAAGCUAUUUGCACCAGUUUCUGUAUGUUAGCUUGGCUUAAGCCUGUUUGAGCUUGAUUUAAGGCACAAUCAUCACGAAUUUGAAAGACAAAGAGAAUAGGAAUGAUGAUUUACCGCAGCUUAUGAAUUAGCUGGAUCAUCGUUGCCAACCCCUCAUGAACAAUAUAUUGAUAUUUUUAAUAAUAAUAAAAUGUAUUUUUUUAA